GAGGGGCGCUUCCUGUUUAGCCAGAAGCAGGAGCGGCUAUGGCGGCGGCGGCGAAAGGAGCAGGAGCGGCUCCCCCGCUCGCGGCAUCGGGCCCGGAUCCCGGAGCGCCGGGUCGGACGGGAGCCUGCAGAAGGCCGGCCAACAUCCUGGCCCAGCUCCGGCAUGCGCAACUCAGUGGCCGGGGCCUGUCGCGGGGGCCGCAGCUCACAGAAGCUUUGUUGAAGGAAAGAGAUAAACAAGCAAAGUGGAAUGGAAUUCCCUUGCUCUUACAGAAGCUGUAUGAGAACAGUCAUCCCAACAGUGAUUUAUCCCAGUGCCAAGGCAUCUUAAAGGAGAUUUCCCCCCUUCUUUCAAUGGAAGCUAUGGCAUUUGUCACAGAAGAGAGAAAGUCUGCUCAAGAAUCCACUUUUCCAAAUACAUACACAUUUGACUUAUUUGGAGGAGUUGAUCUUCUAGUAGAAAUACUUAUGAGACCAACUCUUAUUACACAAAAGAAGAAGCAGAAAAUAAGCGAUGACCUCAUCAAGGAUUGUUUAAGCAUAUUGUACAACACUUGCAUAUGUACUGAAGGAGUCACUAAACGAUUGGCAGAGAGAAAUGAUUUUGUAUUGUUCUUGUUUACAUUGAUGACAAAUAAAAAGACAUUCCUGCAAACAGCCACCCUUAUAGAAGACAUCCUGGGAGUAAAAAAGGAAAUGAUUCAGUUGGAGGAUAUUCCAAACCUCUCCAGUCUAGUCUCUAGCUUUGACCAACAGCAGCUUGCAAACUUCUGCAGGAUCCUUGCAGUUACAAUUUCAGAACUGGACACAGGCAGUGAUGACAAACAUACACUUCUUGCAAAAAAUGCUCAACAGAAAAAGAACUUGGGUCCUUCUCGGGCGGAAAUUAAUCAAGCUGCACUCCUCAAUAUACCAGGCUUCAUUGAAAGACUGUGUAAACUAGCAACCAGAAAAGUUUCAGAAACAACAGGAACUUCAAGUUUCCUUCAAGAAUUGGAGGAAUGGUACACCUGGCUUGAUAAUGCACUUGUACUUGAUGCACUAAUGCGUGUGGCAGGUGAAGAGACAGAGCAAAGCAGCACAGAAUCUUCAGAUGAGAGUGGAUUUGCCUCUACUUCACCAAGGAAUCAACUUCCACAGACCAUGAAGAUUAUGCAUGAGAUUAUGUAUAAACUGGAAGUUUUGUAUGUCCUCUGUGUGCUUUUAAUGGGCAGGCAAAGGAAUCAGGUUCACAAGAUGAUUGCAGAAUUCAGAUUGAUCCCUGGCCUUAAUAAUUUGUUUGAUAAAUUGAUCUGGCGGAAGCAUUCAGCAUCAGCCCUUGUUCUGCAUGGGCAUAAUCAAAACUGUGACUGUAGCCCGGAUAUUACAUUGAAGAUUCAGUUUUUGAGGCUACUUCAGAGUUUUAGUGAUCACCAUGAGAACAAGUAUCUGCUUCUAAACAGCCAAGAGCUUAAUGAACUGAGUGCAAUAUCCCUCAAAGCCAACAUCCCUGAAGUAGAGGCAGUUGUCAACACAGACAGGAAUUUAGUCUGUGAUGGGAAAAGAGGCUUGCUGACCAGACUUCUUCAGGUAAUGAAGAAAGAGCCAGCGGAAUCAUCAUUCAGGUUUUGGCAAGCCAGGGCAGUUGAAAGUUUCUUACGAGGCGCUACUUCUUAUGCAGAUCAGAUGUUCCUGCUAAAGAGAGGGCUCCUAGAGCAUAUUCUCUACUGCAUUGUAGACAGUGAAUGCAAGUCACAAGAUGUGCUUCAGAGUUACUUUGAUCUUCUGGGAGAACUGAUGAAAUUCAACAUAGAUGCUUUCAAGAGGUUUAAUAAGUACAUCAAUACGGAUGAAAAGUUUCAGAUAUUUUUGAAUCAGAUCAACAGCUCACUGGUUGAUUCCAACAUGCUGGUUCGUUGUAUUACUUUGUCUCUAGAUCGAUUUGAGAGCCAGUCAGAUAUUAAAGUGGCAGAAGUCCUGUCUGAGUGCCGCCUGUUGUCCUACAUGUCACAGAUGUCCAUGAGGAUGUCCUUCCUUUUCCGGCUCAUUAAUAUUAUUCAUGUACAGACGCUCACACAGGAAAAUGUAAGUUGUCUAAACACAAGUCUAGUUAUCUUAAUGCUGGCCCGAAGGAAGGACAAACUCCCCUUCUAUCUUCAGACACUGCAAGAGAUGGAAUACACCAAGAAAUACCCUGGAUUUAUCCUGAAUAAUUUUCACAGUCUUCUGCGUUUCUGGCAACAGCAUUACCUCAAUAAGGACAAGGACAGCACCUGCUUAGAAAAUAGUUCGUGUAUUAGUUUUUCCUACUGGAAAGAGACUGUAUCUAUACUGCUUAGUCCAGACCGGACAUCACCUUGUGCCAUAGUUAGCUACAUUGACGAGGCAUACAUGGACAUGGACAGAGAUUUCACCGAGGAGUAAUUCUUCAGGCUCUGGCUUCCAAUGGACUGUGCUUCAGAGGGAAUCUUGCAGACAAUGGAUUUUCAGGGAUAUGCUGUGUGCACAAACUUGGAACUAUGGAAUGUUACCAUGUUAAAGUUUUCUCUCUCCAUCCCCUGCUCUCAGCACUGUUUUGAAGAGCAAGACAUCACCAACUUCCUAGUCAACAUAUUCAGGGAAUGCUUGUGUUCUGUCCGAAACUGUCUGCAAAAAGCCCAGUCUUUUCUGCUCACUGUGGCUAGAACCCUUUGAGUUUGAUAGAUGGGAUCUUUCAGAUGUGCAGUUGCUAGCUGUGGCUUUUUAUCCUGGCUACCAAAAUUAGGUGUUAAAAGUGCAGGCAAUUUUUUAGGCCAUCCAAACAAGCUGAUUUUUAUGGGCACGCCAGAUACACACCAGCCACAUUUAAGCCACUUUUAAAGUUUCUAUUUUUAUUGCUUUUUCCUUUGCAUUGGGAUAUAGAACUGAUUGUGUGUGUAUUUUGUUUUUAAAUUCUUGGAGAUAAUAGCUCUCUUCACUUCUUUGCAAAUUCUUUUGGGAUUGUCUCCUACAAAACUUGUGUCCAAACACCUUAUUUUAUCUUGCUGUGGUAUUGCAUCCAGAAGUAUCUCUCUCCGUUCUGUAGAAAUCUCUUGUCUUCAGCUGAUUUUACAGUGUGCUCUAGAACAGGCAUACAUUGUGGUGAUGGGGUUAGUCUUGGGAGCCUAGCUUUGACUAGGCACUCAUGAAUUGAAAUUAACUGAUCUCCCCCCCCCUUCCUAAAUAUUGCAGCCUGACCAUUUUGUCAAUAAAUAACCAACUCAAGUUAAAAAUUUAUUCUGCAGUCCUGCUUUGGCUGACCAUAAAAUCCGCUCUUGAACUAUUGCUAUUUGGAAACCUAACACCAAAAGCUAAAAUGGCAAAAUUAACACCUUUAUUCCAAUUGUGUAUAUAUAUAUAUUUAUUUAUUGUUCCUGAAGUGUAAUUGUUACUGGAAUUGGCUGAUCUUCUCCUAAUGAUACAUGUAUUAAAUGCUGCCCAGUGAUUUUGGUUUGGGACAAAUUGCUCAACAAUAUCUGAGCUUGCUGUUGUAACUGCUGGCAUUUAAACAAGUCACUUGGAAUAUAGCUAAUAUUUGAAGCCAGAAACUUUCUGAACAUUCUUUUGCAUUACUGUGCUAAAGCACUUUAAGAAGCAUUAGAAGCCCUUCAUCUCCCUCAGUUUAAAAUUACUUUGAUUGUCCCUAAAUGUGUAAAUGUAUACUUCUGGGACAUAUCCAUAUAGCACAAAACCCCUGAAAAGUCUUGUGUUAGAAUGCCAUGGUUAUGUGGUAUUUUCCUCUGUGAAGGAAAACCUUAAAUAUCAGAACCAAUCUUGGUUCAGAAAGGUAAUUUCCAGACAUGGAACUUAACAGUAGCUGGGAAAGCGGAGUGCUUGACUAUUAUCAUCUUUACCCUGCACUUUUUGCUGCACCUUAUUUUCAGAUAAAGUCAUGGAAAGAACAGCUAGACUGCAGCAGGUUUGUUUACAGAUACUAUUUUAAUAUAUAUUUGCCUCAUAAAAAAACAAAGGUACUUGCUUCCAGAAUAAAAAAAAGUAUAGUACUGUUCUAUCUCACAGUCCUAGUUGCUCUUUGGUUUAAAUCAGGCUUCCUCAAACUCUGCCCUCCAGAAUUUUUUGGCCUACAACUCCCAUGAUGCAGGACCAGUGGUCAGGGAUGAUGGGAAUUGUAGUCUCAAAACAUCUGGAGGGCCGAGUUUGAGGAAGCCUAGUUUAAAUAAUCUAAUUGGUUGGGCAUCUAUUGAAGGAACAGCACAGCAUUUUAAGACUGACCCAAUCUGUGUUAUCCUUUGUGGUAUGUUAGAAAUUAAAAUAUGGAAAUAUGGGAGCAAAUUAUGUAUCUGCUGUGCAGGAGCAACCAGCCCACAUCCUUUUUGAUUUUGAUUUUUUUAAGGAUAUGUUAAAAUUUUCAUCCCGAGGCACUAUUAAACUGGCUUUACCCAACCCCACAUGCCUUUGACAGUUAUCAAAUGAGUCCAAGUGUUAACUUUUUAUAGCAGACAUUUGCUUCUUGGGUUUUAACCUGUUCCUUCAUCCUUUUCCCCCUUCCCCAAAUUUUAGGUUAGAUUUAUGCGCUGAUUCUAUAAAUGUAGUAACCCUACACUUCAAAUAAAACGCUAUGUAUUAAAAGGCUCAAAUGAGACUGGAUGCCUUUUGAGUCAUUUUAAUUAUUGUGUCCAGUCUGCAAAGAACUUAACAAUAUUCAUCCCGUAUAUGUGACAUAUUUCCUUGUCAUUGAAUGGUCAGGCUGCUUUGUUCCUUUUAUGCAUUUGACUCGGGUGAGACUGAUCCUUAGCUACUCCUGGGAGUGGCUUGGUAUCGCCCACCAUGCUCCUAUUUGUUUCCAGUUUAUUGGUAUAGGUCCAGGGGUAAGGAACUUGCAGCCCCACAGAUGUUGCUACACUACAGCUUCCAUCAGCCUUGGCCAUAGUGGUUAGACCUGAUGGGAGUUGGAGUCCACCAACAAUUAGAAGAUCGCCCGUGUUCCUUAUCCCUGUUACAAGGUGACUGCAAGGAGUUGAGCUGGGUUUUUUGACUCAGGCUGCACCAUUUGCCUUUUAGUUCUUACAGGGAACUUGUAUGCCUAAGAGAUCUCCCGCCACAGCUUCUCUCGUAGAAUCUUCUUUGCAAAUGUUUAGAAACUGCAAUGGUAGGCUUGGAUUUAAAUGCAAACUGCUUCAAGGAGUGAUACCGAUGAGUGACACUUAAAUGUGGCUGAAAAAUGGAAGAGGUCACUGUUGGCUGUGUUGGCUUUGGUUUGGAUUUUUAAUCACUAAAGGAAUGGAACUGCUGUGUGGCAAGAGGGUGGGCCUCACCAGGCCAACAAAUGUUCCUGGAAAUUUUAAGUAUCUCAAGUGGAUUAAUGUUCAUGCUGCCCAGAUUAAUGCUGAUUUACUAACAGCACAUAAAUGUAUUAAAUGGAAACUAUUAAAAUAAUUUUAUUUUAAAAAAAAUAUGCUAGUGAAGGUCUUUACUUUUUCUGCACCAAUUCUCAUAGUCAUGGAGCUCUUCCUAUAAAUAGCAUGGAUUGGGUAUAAGCAAGUGGACUUCACAGCUGUAAUGCUCAGGUGGAGGUUUGAGAGUUGAUGGGUUAACAAUAGACACUGAAAUUAUCAAUGGGUCUAUUCUUUGUAUGGCUGGAAGUGAUUACCACCCUUUUUCAGCAAGUCUUAUGGACUCUUAUGGUUGGUGCCAAUUCUACUUUAGAUCUGCUGGCAUACUUGUGUGAUUGUGCAUAAUUCUGCAUACUUCAGGAACAAGAACCAUUAAUGUAAGCUUGCAAUCUGAAAAUGCUUUGAGAAGGGAUAGUUAAGUGGAAUUUAGCUGCCUCCUAACCAUCUUCAGUAGGGAUAUAUAUGUCUGCUGUAGAACCUAGCAGGAUAUCUUUGCAGCCCUGGGUCAACUGUAUUAUUAUUGUUGCAUAGCUAUCAUUAGAUGUCGUAUGUCUAAUAAUUAAAAACAUUGGCUUCACAAUGGCUGCUCUUUGUCAGGUAGAACAAUACAUCUCCCCUUUAUGUGGGUUCUUGAGUUAUUUUUUCAAAAAGACCUUAGAGUGGGUGUCAGACCUCCUAUCCCCUUUUCUGACUUUGAUCUAUACAUACUCCAUGAUUGAAGUUUUCACACCUGACCAUGUUUCCUUACCUGUAGUGCUUGAGAAAACACAUCACCACUGGAAGUCAAGUCUCUACAAGGCCUUCCUUCACUAAGUAGAUGGGGAAAGUUGCCUAUUGAUGGAAUUCUUAGAAAAGGACUUUGAAAGUUCUACCUGCCAUCUUUCCAUUUUAAAUAGAGGAAUUGUCAUAG